ACGCCCCGGCGGCUGGAGCGCCGCGUCCCGAUGCCACCACCGAGGAUCACCUUGUCCGCGCCCCACCGCGACGUGCUCCGCCUCCUCGACGCCCAGGAUCUACCCGCCGCGGCGCGCCUCGCGGCCGCGCACGCCUCGUCCCCCCUCUCCCUCGCCGCCGUCCUGCUCCGCCACCCGCCGCCACGUCUCGGGUACUGCCUCCACGCCCGCGCCGCGCGCGCGGGUCUCCUCAACGACCGCUACCUCGCCAACGCCCUCUUCGCCUUCUACGUCCGCCUCCCGCGCCACCUCCCCCACGCGCUCAGGGCGUUCGACGACCUCCCUCAGCGCGACGUCGUCGCGCACUCCUCCAUCCUCGCCGCGUUCCUCCGCGCGGGGCUUCCCCGCCGCGCGCUCCAGUCGCUCAGGUCCAUGGCCGCCGGCGCGGACGGUGUCUCACCCAACGCCCACGCAUUCUCCGCCGCCGUCAAGGCCUGCGCUGUGCUCCACGACAGCAGCGCGGGCGCCUGCGUCCACGGGAGCAUCCUUGUCCGCGGAUUCAGCGACGACGACAUCGUGCUGAGUGCGCUAGUCGACAUGUACGGCCAUGCGGCUUCGCCAGGUGAUGCACGGAAGGCGUUCGAGGAAAUGCGCGCCCCUGAUGGGAUAUGCUACACGUCGCUGUUAUCAGCAUUUGUGCGGAACGAUUGGUUUGAGGAGGCUGUGAGAUGGUUCCGGACUAUGGUCAUGACGAAUGGGGUUGAGCUGGAUGGCUGCACAUUUGGUUCAAUGAUGACAGCGCUAGGAAACUUGAAGAGGGUGAGGCAGGGCCACGAGGCGCAUGCUCAGGUACUGACCCGUGGUCUUUGUGGGAAUGUGAUUGUGGAGAGCAGCACGCUCGACAUGUACGCCAAGUGCGGGGCGAUGUUGGAGGCACGCAAGGUGUUUGACAAGAUGCAGGUCAGGAAUGCAGUUUCAUGGUGUGCGUUGCUUGGAGGUUAUUGCAAUAACACGGACUACGAGAAGGUUCUUGUGCUGUUUCGACAGAUGGAUAGGGAAUGCGACGACUCAUAUAGCUUGGGGACUAUUCUAAGGGCAUGUGCUGGCCUAUCUUCUGUAAAGCCAGGAAAAGAGAUCCAUUGCCGGUUUCUGAGGAGUGGAGGCUGGAGAGAUGUGGUUGUUGAGUCUGCACUUGUAGACCUUUAUGCAAAAUGUGGCUCUGUAGACUAUGCUUAUAGAGUUUUUGAAGCAAGCAGUGUCCGUAACACAAUUACUUGGAAUGCCAUGAUCGGCGGCUUCGCUCAGAAUGGCCAUGCUGAGCACGCUAUCAAUUUGUUCAAUCGGAUGGUCAGCGAAGGGGCGAAACCCGACUACGUCAGUUUCAUUGGUGUUCUUUUUGCGUGUAAUCAUACUGGAAUGGUUGAGCAAGGACGGAACUACUUCAAAUCUAUGAGCAAAGACUAUGGCAUUGCCCCCGGAAUCGAACACUACAAUUGCAUUGUUGAUCUUCUCAGCAGAGUAGAACUUCUGGAGGAGGCUGAAGAUCUGAUAAACAAGUCACCUUUCAGAGAUGAUUCGUCCUUGUGGGCACCAAUCCUUGGUGCUUCUUCCACACAUUCAAACCCAGAUGUAGCAGAAAGGGUUGCCAAGAAAAUGAUGGAGUUAAAGCCUCAGUACCACUUGAGCUACGUUCUUCUUGAAAAUGUGUACAGAACAGUUGGACGGUGGGAAGAUGCUUUAGAGAUAAGGAGGCUGAUGAGAUCAAGAAAGGUCGAAAAGGAGCCCGGAAUGAGCUGGAUUGAUGUAAACAGAAGCAAACAACAUAUGUCAAAUGUUAAUGGGGCACCUUCAGAACUAGUAGCCUCUGAGGACAUCAUCACAUAUGACAGCUGACCUUAACAUUUUCUGUCUCUGCUUUUGUUGGCGAUUCUGUCCCGUGAUUGGCUUAUGAGUCAUUCGGAGUUUGGGAUGAAUUCUAGCAUGUAUUGUUCCCAAAAUGCUCUACUGUUAUAGCUGCAUCCCUGAAAAUUGAUACCAGCUGGUGUCUUGCAAAGUUCAACGCGUCAGUUGAUAGAGACAUGAAUAAUUUGUCGAGCACAUAUAUUCGUAUAUGCUUUGCGGCAUAUGUGUUUAUGUGGGUGCAAUGCCCUUAUUUGACAUGGCAGGCUUGGAUGGGAUGGCCUUAGCCACCAGUAACACAAAAGUGGGACUCUCAGACAGGCUGUCUAUUUAUUGGCUUCACUUGUAAUCACAAGCGCUUGAUCGAUGCUUGGUUAUUUCAUGACCUCCGUGCUUGAUCUAGUGGUACUUAUAAAUCGAGAGACAAUGCUCUCAGGAUGCAAGGAGAGAGCCCUUACCCCACGGCAGAUCGUGAUUGGUGCAGCAGAGAUGCAGAAUGAUUGAAGGCGUGGAGCCACUGCAUACAUACGUCAGAUGUGCUCGAAACGAGGGACAAUUCAGGGACGCCCACGCCAGCUGGUCUACCUAUGUCGAUGAUGCUUCAUCCCGGGCUUGCAGUCUAGGACACCCAGCUGUCAAACUCAAACUCGUAGCUCAUGUCAUCAGAUCUCCGACAGAUGCGACAUCCAGUUCACCGGUUGUACGUCGUUCACUUGCUCAUCUACACCCUAACCCGGUUUCUGCUUUGGUUUCCCCAUUGCACCAGCCGACGCCGGGUGGUGGAUUCGGCCAGGAGCGGCGGGGAAAAUUCUCAGCUGCUCUCAGACUCUCGCCUCUCGGAUAAAACUGACCAGGCCGGUGAAAACCCUGCCGUUACUCCUCUGCCCGUCCACGAACUAUAAUUGAAGGAGCAGAUCAAGGGAUUUGCGCCGUCAGCACAGUUCGACCUGAGGCUCGGAGCUGUGCUUUUCGACUGGCUUGGGUUUGGCACAGCGAAAUGAAGACCGGUGCCACAGGAUUCAUGCGUCGGCCACGGUCGAGGCUUCAGUUCAGAGUCGAGACUUCACUUGAGUUCAGGUCCGGGCUCUGAGAUCCUGCUGGCUGCUGUCAACAGGCAGGCAGGCAGGCAGGCGGGUACCGACCCUGGUGUGCUUGCUGUCCUGUGUGCUUUUAUCGUAUGAUGAUGAGGAGGAAUCGGCAGCAUGCUACGGUUUCAGAGUAGGGCUGUAGGAGAGAGAGGGAAGGGAAUAUGGGUGCACCCUGGAGCAAGCAAGGCCAAACAAAACAAAAGAUUAGGUUGGAUGAGGCGAGCAAAGCCAUGUGGGAAAAGGGUGCACGUCUACAGCCUUUAUCUCCGGACAUUCUUUCCCGCUAAUUUCUGUUAUUUCCUCAUCAAUCACUCGUCAGUAAGCUCCUGCCGACAGAUCCAUGUAUGUACCCCGAACCCUGUACCAGUACGACGACCCCCACUCAGACCCAGGCAAGACGCCGACAGCCGGUGGUUCGUUCGCUAUCUCUCUACUCUGUACUCUGUAGGGACGCAGAGUUUUGGCUCCCGGGCUCAU